UUAAAAAACAAAAAAUAAAAACACACCCGUAAAGUAAUUAAACCAAACACGCGCUUCCACCGACCGAUCAGGCGACUCCCCUCCAAGAGGAAAAUCCACCACCGCGGCCGGGGCCUCCCAGAUCUCGCCGGAGGCAGCGGCAGCGGCGGCGGUUGGGGGGCGAUGGCGCUCAACAUGAAGACCCUGACGCAGGCGCUGGCGAAGGCGUCGGCGGUGAUCGAGAAGACGGUGUCCACGACGGUGCAGGAGGUGACGGGCCCGCGCCCGCUGCAGGACUACGAGCUGCUGGACCAGGCCGGGUCCGGCGGGCCGGGGCUCGCGUGGCGGAUCUACACGGCGCGGCCGCGGGACGGCGCCCCCUCGGCGCCCUACCCCGUCGUCUCCGUCUGGGUGCUCGACAAGCGCGCCCUCGCCGAGGCGCGGGCGCGGGCGGGGCUGUCGAAGGCGGCCGAGGACGCCUUCCUCGACCUCGUCCGCGCCGACGCGGCGCGGCUUGUGCGCUUGCGCCACCCGGGCGUGCUCCACGUCGUGCAGGCGCUCGACGAGACCAAGGCCGCCAUGGCCAUGGCCACUGAGCCUGUCUUCGCCUCCGUAGCCAACGCGCUAGGGUGCCUUGACAACGUCGGCAAGGUUCCCAAGGAGCUCAAGGGCAUGGAAAUGGGGCUACUUGAGAUUAAACAUGGACUGCUACAAGUUGCAGAGACGUUGGAUUUUCUUCAUAACAAUGCUCAUCUUGCCCAUCGAGCUAUAUCGCCUGAGACAGUCUUUAUAACUUCUAAUGGAUCUUGGAAGCUUGGUGGGUUUGGUUUUGCUCUUUCGGUUGAUCAAGCCACAGGUGGUUUGACUUCGUCACAGCUAUUCCAUUAUUCGGACUAUGAUGUCGAGGAUACAGCUUUGCCUCUUCAACCAUCAUUGAACUAUACUGCACCAGAAUUGGUCCGAAGUGGAGAUUCUAAAGUUGGCUCUGCUUGCGACAUGUUUAGCUUUGGAUGUCUAGCUUACCAUCUGGUUGCUCGUAGACCACUUCUGGACUGCCAUAACAAUGUUAAAAUGUACAUGAAUGCCUUGACAUAUUUAACCAGUGAAGCCUUUUCUAAUAUUCCUUCUGAUUUGGUAUCGGAUUUGCAAAGGAUGCUAUCGAUGGAUGCAGUAUCGCGUCCCAGUGCUAUGGCCUUUACAGGUUCUUCUUUCUUCCGGGAUGAUACGAGGUUGCGCGCUCUUCGUUUCCUUGACCAUUUGCUUGAGAGAGAUAAUAUGCAGAAGACAGAGUUUUUGAAGGCAUUAUCAGAUAUGUGGAAGGAUUUCGAUUCCCGAGUUCUUCGAUAUAAAGUUCUUCCUCCUCUUUGUGCUGAGUUACGCAACAUGGUUAUGCAGCCAAUGAUUUUGCCUAUGGUUCUAACGAUAGCAGAAUCUCAGGAUAAAGGGGAUUUUGAACUCGCAACACUGCCUGCGCUUGUUCCAGUGUUUACUUCAGCAUCAGGUGAAACUCUACUUUUGCUUGUGAAGCAUGCAGAUCUCAUCAUUAACAAGGCCACACAGGAACAUUUGAUAUCACAUGUUCUUCCAAUGCUGGUCCGAGCUUAUGAUGACAAUGAUCCCCGGUUACAGGAAGAAGUUCUGCGUCGAACAGUACCACUGUCUCGUCAACUUGACACCAAGCUAGUCCAACAGGCUGUGCUUCCUCGUGUACAUGGAUUAGCUCUAAAGACAACAGUUGCUGCGGUGCGUGUGAAUGCGUUGCGCUGUUUAGGAGAUCUUGUGCCAUCCCUGGACAAAGAAGGUAUACUGGGCACCUUGGAGACUAUUCGGCGUUGCACUGCUGUUGACCAUACUGCGCCAACUCUUAUGUGCACACUUGGUGUUGCUAAUGCAAUCUAUAAACAAUGCGGUGUUGAGUUUGCUGCGGAAUACGUGAUUCCUCUCAUCUUCCCAUUGCUCACAGCACAUCAACUGAAUGUACAGCAAUUUGCCAAGUAUAUGCUAUUUGUCAAGGACAUUACAAGCAAGAUUGAAGAGAAGCGUGGUGUGACAGUUACAGAUAAUGGGAACACAGAGGUAAAAGCAUCGCCUUCAUUGGCAAAUGGGAUCCAUUCUGAACCUAUGUCAGGACAAAUACCAGCUGCAAAGAGCAGCCCUGCAUGGGAUGAAGACUGGGGUCCUAAGAAAACUAGUGUUCCAUCUCUCUCAGCUGAUUCUAGUGCACAAACAAAGCAACCCUCAGUAGACCCUUUUGACUUCAGUACUCAAACAAAGCAACCCACAGCACUCCCCUUUGAUUUGAGCACCCGAGCAAAGCAGCCAUCAUUAGUUUCUCAGGUUACAGCAGCUACAAUCCCACCUGCGCAACCACAACCAUCACUACAAUCUCUUGUGCCCAGCUCAGGUCCUCAAACUUCUGGCUCAUGUGUUCCUGUUGACGUUGAGUGGCCUCCUCGAAGAACGUCGUCAUCCGACUUCAAUGCGCCCUUGUCUAUUAGCAAGGAGAAUGAUUCUGGAAGGCUGUCUAGCGAUGGACUUGAUGAUAUUGAUCCUUUUGCUGAUUGGCCCCCAAAACCUAGCAAUGUUACUAGCAUUUCAGCAACCGAGCAUCGACCUAGCAUAAAUCAAAAUAUUUCUGGAUUUAGCUCAGGUAACAUAGGGUUUGGUGGCAGCAGGAAUUCUAUAGGGCAAACAAAAAGCAACCAAAUGUGCUGGUCAAACACGUCUAAUCUAAUGGGCAUGAACUCAACUGGCAGCUAUUUGAAUCAGGGCAGUGCAGCUCUAGGUUUUGGAAAUUCAAUUGGAGGAUUGAGCACAGGUCUCUCCAAUCCAAGUAGUUCUGGUACAGGCCUGAGCAUGAUGCAACCAAAAUCUGAUUUUGGAUCACUGUCCAUGUCGGCCAACAAUGCCGCACAUGGCCCACCCAGACUUGCCCCUCCUCCAUCCACUUCAGUUGGAAGAGGGCGUGGUAGAAAUCAGGGACAGUCAGCACUCUCUCGAGCAUCAAGGCCGCCUCAUUCCAACUCGUCAUCAGGACAACAACCUAUCCUGGAUUUACUUUAGUAAGAGAGGCUCGCUGCUGUUCUUCCUGUUCCGAUUGUCAAUGUGUACAUCUUCAAACCUUUGUAAGGUGAGCGUCAUACUGUUCUUUUGGACAUGCAUGUGGCGAAAUAUUUUUUUUGUUCAUUUUGAAGCUGGAUGGUCCUGGUUUAUAGUCUGAAGGAAUUCUACUUUUGGGAAAUCGGGAUCUUGCAGAGGUUACCUUUUCUCAUGCUUCCAUGUUUAGGGUUUUGAUUUGGGCAUUGAGGCCAUCUUCACAUUGUUGACAGAAGAAAUGUUGUUGUGUAUAGUUCUGUCCAAACUCGGCUGUAGCUUGUAGAGUUGAUGAAUAUAGUUGACAUGUUUAUCUGGGCUGUGAAGUUUUGAAUGUUUACAUUGUACAACAAUGUUUAAUGGGCCUUAUAGGUGCACCUUGCUCAUGUACUCUAUGCUCCCCCCCCAACAUCAUGUAAUUCAUCAGUCAAGGCCCGUGUUGUGUACGUAGUCUGUUGAAUUAAGGCCUAUGGGCAAUUCCGCUUCUAUGUUGUUUGGAGAAACCGUUGCUGGUACAAGCACAUCUGUUAUGAAUGAUAUCCCACAACUGUGUAAAGUCGAUCUUUAUGUUU